UCACUUCCUGGUUGAAGAUGGCGGAUGAGAAUGAGACAGCACCGAUGCCGGAGAAAGAGGAUGUAGAGGACCACGGACACUGCAGCGACUGUGAAAAUGAAGACCACCACUUUGACGAUGGUGACAGGGGUCUGGCUGACGACACUGGCGCCAAGAAGAAGAAAAAGAAGCAGAAAAAGAAGAAGAAAUCUGGUGCCACAGAAGCAGCUCAGGACACCCUUGCCAAGGUGAAUUCGUUGCCAGCUGAUAAGCUACAGGAGAUCCAGAAGGCCAUUGAACUGUUCUCUGUGGGCCAGGGCCCUGCCAAAACCAUGGAGGAGGCAAGUCGGAGGAGUUACCAGUUCUGGGAUACACAGCCUGUGCCCAAGCUAGGGGAGACGGUGACGUCGCACGGCUCGAUUGAACCUGACAAAGACACCAUUCGAGAGGAGCCCUACAGCCUCCCACAGGGCUUCAGCUGGGACACCCUCGACUUGGGGAACCCUGCUGUGCUCAAGGAGCUUUACACCCUCCUCAAUGAGAACUAUGUGGAAGAUGAUGACAACAUGUUCAGAUUUGACUACUCCCCUGAGUUCCUGCUCUGGGCCCUGCGGCCCCCUGGCUGGUUGCCCCAGUGGCAUUGUGGAGUGAGGGUUAACUCCAACCAGAAGCUGGUGGGCUUUAUCAGUGCCAUUCCUGCCUCUAUCCGCAUCUAUGAGAUAGAAAAGAAAAUGGUUGAGAUCAAUUUCCUGUGCGUCCACAAGAAGCUUCGCUCCAAACGAGUCGCUCCGGUGCUGAUCAGAGAGAUCACCAGACGGGUCAACCUGCAGGGCAUCUUUCAGGCGGUGUACACUGCGGGAGUGGUACUGCCCAAACCUGUGGGCACAUGCAGGUAUUGGCAUCGCUCUUUGAACCCACGCAAACUAAUCGAAGUGAAGUUCUCCCACCUGAGCAGGAACAUGACUAUGCAGCGCACCAUGAAGUUGUACCGUCUGCCUGAGGCCCCGAAGACUCCGGGUCUGCGGCCGAUGACCAAGAAGGAUGUGCCAGUGGUGCAUCGCCUCCUCCGUGAGUACCUGAACGAAUUCAACCUGGUGCCCGUCAUGAACCAGGAAGAGGUGGCACACUGGCUGCUGCCCCGGGAGAACAUUAUUGACACUUACCUGGUGGAGAACGAUGGCAAAGUGACGGAUUUCCUGAGUUUCUACACACUACCCUCUACCAUCAUGAACCACCCUGUGCACCGCAGCCUAAAAGCAGCGUACUCCUUCUACAAUGUGCACACCACCACCCCCCUGCUCGACCUGAUGUCUGAUGCCCUCAUCCUGGCCAAAUCAAAAGGGUUUGAUGUCUUUAAUGCACUGGAUCUAAUGGAAAACAAGACUUUCUUGGAGAAGCUUAAGUUCGGCAUCGGUGAUGGGAAUCUACAGUAUUACCUGUACAAUUGGAAGUGUCCCAGCAUGGGGUCAGAAAAGGUUGGGUUGGUGCUGCAGUGACAUCCCUUUACGCCAUAAACACGAGUCACCAACAGGCCAGGAGACCGCACCAUCGCACUGACCACCUCACAGAUGGACUGAUGAUUCCUGCUUCAGGAAAGGAAAACCCACCGCCCAUUUUUACUUUUUGACCUUUUGAACUUUGACCUGCACUACCGCUGCCAGGCAGGGAGGUGGGAAGAGUCUUCAGCUCUUCCUCUUCCCUCGAUCACAUGGACCUUAAGCCAUUGUAGUUACCAUCGCAAACAACUGUAUUACAUCUGAAAGCUGUCUUGAUUGUACCAAACACACAUACACACAAGAACAGUUUGCACAAAUUACUUUAUACCAAACACUCUCUGUUGGCAUACCUACAAACCGGACAAUACUUGUAGAUAAUAUCAGAAGUAACUGCGGAUCAUGCCCAAACACAUACAAACUAGAACCUACAGUUUUAUUUUAUUCCUAAAUGUUGGAAGUGCUUUUUGCAAUUAAAAUAAAUCUGUCAUCCUUAAGUUUUAGAGAUAAAAAAAAAAAGAAAAGAUCAAAAAAUAUUUUAAUGAGGAAAAGGCUCAAAAAGAU